AGUCGAUAGGCAGCAAUAAGAUUUAAAGAAAAAGUAUAUAUAUUUGGGACGUUCUCUUUGCAGUUGUAGCAUGAAUUUCUGUCUUGGUUUUCUGAUUUUCUGACAAUACAAUAUAGUAUGUAUAUUUCAUAAUUUUGAAAAAAUAAUGGGCCAUAAUUAAAAAUAUCCUAAAAUACUUGAUCAGACAGUAAUCGCUGAUGAAAAAAGGAAGAUUCUCACGAGAUGACACUUUUCUAGCCUGCUUGGCAGGCUCCUUAAAACGAAGUAGAAAGCUAGGGGAAGUUCCUUUGGUGUAAAAGGUGAAAUCCCAUAGGUGAAGAGAAAUUCUCCCUAAGGGAAAGUGGGAAAUUCAAUGCAGUUUCUUUUGUUUUAUUCCCCUAAACCUCGGAGUCAAGUAGUGAUUUCAGUACAUCGAUCGAAUUUUAGUGGGCUAUUAAGUUCAUUUCCAUGAGUUAAAGGCAAACAUUCUUCUUUUGUUUUAUUUGAUUCUAAAGCUGGAAUUAAAUCGAUCUUGGUCAGAUUUUCACCACCAACCGGGAGCCCACGGACUCCUGCAUCGAUUUGCAUGAAAUUGGCAGCCAUCAUUUAUUUGUGGAAUGUAUUCGGCAUAGUCAUUAUUCUAUAUCUACAACUCUUUGAUACUCUUGUCCCUUAGCAACAUAGUAUGUGCUCGCAAGGUCCACCCGGCAUUCCUGGAAUGAAUGGUCUGAAUGGAAACAACGGGUCACCAGGAACUAUGGGUGAAAAGGGUGUGGCAGGUCCAACUGGACCACGUGGAUUCAAGGGAGAGGCUGGCGUUAAGGGAGAAACAGGCGUGGCUGGUCCACCCGGGCCACGUGGUGCUAAAGGAGAAGCGGGUCCAAGUGCAAAGGCUUCUCAACAAAAGAAUUGGAAGCAGUGCGCUUGGAAAACGGGUGACGGAAGGGAUACUGGCGUGAUAAAGGUAUAUUGCAAACAAACCCUUCUACUGCCACCACGUUACGUUAAGUGAAUCUCUCACAGUAAAUAGAAUCAACGGCUAAAUUGUCAUGAACAAAUCACAGUCGUCACUUUACCUAUUAGCGAUAACUUCAAAAAGCUCUGAUGAGGUUUUGCGCAGAACUUUAAAAAUUCAUUUGUUAAUAAGAAGAAUUAAAUUAACGAGCUAACAAAUUCGAUAACUAAAAUUUUGUCUUCUCUUUAAAUGUUAUAUUAGUCACCAGGAGCCUACUAAUUAACUAUUUUCACUUCUUUAUUGUGAUUAGUCUCUGUAUAGAGUCCCUCUCCUUCUGAGGGGAGGGGGGGGGGGGGGCGUCUGUACACAGUCUAAUUGUGAUGUGCCACGGUUUAAAAGGUAUUUAAUUUUCCUUUCCUCAAGUUAAUUGACCAGAUUGAAUUUUGUUGUUGUUGUAACAGGAGUGCCAGUUUACCAAAAUUAGAGAUGACACAGCGCUUCGUGUAGUGUACCAAAGCAACUUUCGCUUGCAUUGCAACCAGUGCGCUAAGCGAUGGUUUAUCACAUUUAAUGACAACGAGUGCAGCUCGCCACUUCCUAUUGAAGCAGUCAUGUGGAUUAGAAGUAGUAGCCAAGACAAUCACCUACCCGGCGCAAUAGAGGGCUACUGCAAUAAUAUUGGCAAGGGGAAAAUCCGCGUUGGAAUCAACAUUGGAAAUCUCGGGAAAGCAAACUCAGAUGGUCAAACAGGCUGGGGAACAGUGUCUCGCUUGAUUAUAGAAGAGGUCCCUCGGUCUCAGUGAAAACGUUUUGAUAUCAAUCAAGCCUAGCGCUUUUCAGUUGUUCAUUAAUUAAAAUAACAACCUAUAGAUAAACUUUGUAGAACUGAUAUGAAAAUAAAGCGCGUCUUGAGUAAUAGAUACAAGCAUGUGGUUAUGAGAGCUAAUUAUCAUCAUCAUUAUCAUUAUUGGAAAGCUAAUUAACAAUUAUUCCUCGAGCCUGAGUGGGCUCUGAGUCAAUAGGCCUCAUGGGCUAUUGACUCAGAGGCCAU